UUGACUCUUUUGAAUUGUCAAAUGUGUAUACUGUCGUUUUUGUUGCAGUUAUGCAAAAUAACACAAAUAAUAGGUACUAUGUGUUAAAAAUGCCGAAAGACUUGUGCAAACCUUUAAUGGUUGGCGCUGGACGUGCGAACCUAACUAGAGUUUUGCGAUCAUAUUUCGAUUGUGAUGAAAGCUCUAAUCAGUAUAAGGGACUGUCGCCAAUGACCCAACGCGCACAAGAGCCAUGCGACAAUGCUGCGUUAUCAGCUGGAGCGGAUGGGAAUGGAAAUCUGAAUGGAAAUGAGCUAAUCACCAGGCAUGUUUGUGAUGGUGUUGAAUACACUUAUGUGACUCCACUAUCUAGGAAUACGGGUCUUGAUUUCUUGGCUGCAAGCAUCAGAACUAAAGAUUUGAAUACCGUUCGCAUUGUGGUUGUCUGCCAAUACGCAAAUGAGGCAGCCCAGUUAAUGCAAGAAUUGGGCAAACGCUGCAUUGGCUGUCUUUUGAUUAACGAGCCCACUAAGGCAAGUGACACAGGUAUCCGCCUAUGGAAUGACGGUUUACUCAACUCAGCCUUGGUUGUGUGCGAUGAUGUGUUGCCGCAUCUGUCGACGUGCAACAAUCUAAUAGUUAACUACUUAAUACACUCGUCCCAGACGCUGCCGCAUGUUUUUCAAAAGCGUAUCCAACUAUUAAUUCCCCAGCCAGUCAAGGGCACACGGGUGCUGGUGAUCAGAUGUCAAGCCGACAUUCAACUACAACAUAUAACUAAAGAGCAAAUGAAACCAGCAGCAACUACUGAACAGAGCAGACCAAGUUCAUCUAAUGAUAUUUCAGCUAUAAAAAACUUGAGCAUUAAUCUGAAUAAGACCUCAGCUACCAAAGAACUUUCUACCACGGAUGCACAGCGAUCAAAGGAACAACCAAGCAACAAAGCCCCAGAUAGGGUAUACACAUACAACAGGUUUGGCAUAUUUGCUUGGAGCCGCUAUGAACAAAUAUUCUGUUAUAAUGCAACUGAAAUGUCCGCAUUUGAUCCAAAGAUCAAGGAAGCCAUGCAACUACUGAACAUUGGACAAUCAAGAGCGAAGCGCGUACAGCGAUUUGCAUGGCCUCAUGCAGCUGCUGGCCGUUCCUUGUGUGUAAUUGGUAAUGAAUCGAUUGGCAAAACCUGGUGCUAUUUGCCCACCCUGUGUCAGCGCGUCCUUCUGCAGUCACCGCAGCGUAUACUGGAUGACAGCGACUGCGGCCCCAGCUGCAUAAUAUUGUGCGCAACUGCCAAGCAGGGCGAGCAGAUUGCCAACUGGUGUUUGGGAUUGCUGGGCAAACCGCGCGUAGACAUAAAACAAGUUAUCAAGGCGUUCUAUCGUCCCUCUGUUAGUGAUGUUGCCGAAAGUAUGAAACGUCCUUGCGGUAUUUUGAUAACCACUGCUGAGCAGCUUAUCCAGUUGCAUCAGCUGCACAGCAAAACAUUCUCCAUCUUUAAUCCAGUUGCCAUAAGUUGUGUCGCUUUUGAUGGGAUCGACAGUAUAUGGCGUGCUGGCAGAUUGCACUGCGAGAAAAUAAUACAAUGGCUUAUGGAUAUACUGCGUUUCGAGAGAGGCCACAGUCAGUUGUUCGUCGUUGGGCGUUUAUGGAUCGAUUUAAUUAUGGUGGCAUUAUCAUCGAGAUUACCUGAUGUUCUCCUCUUGUUUGAGGAUGCAUUGGAAGCGACCGUAUUUGCUGGACUUAAGCUAGAGUUAUUGACAACCAGCUCACAGCAAUAUGAACAGGAUAUACUGAAACUUCUAGUGGAUAGAAAGGAAAAGCAUAUAGUCCUGGCAUGCAAUGGAAAAGCUGAUGCGGCUAGACUGAGCAAGCUGCUCCAUGCUUCGAAUAUCAACAGUUUGAUUAUUUAUAAAACAGAUCAGAAAACAGACCUAACCUGUAGAGAGUGGUGCGAGGAACACUUUCCCCGAGUCCUAGUAGUUACUGAUGAUGUGAUUCCCAAAUUACGAGCCGAAAACAUCGAGUAUUUGCUUCACUACGAGUACAAUACUUGGCCACGAUUUAAGGCACGUUUCAGCAUGUUCUAUGGCAGUUAUCAAAAGAUACCAGACAGCCCCACAACCACAUCGACUAUACUUGUUCGUCCCGGCGAUGUUGAGCAAAUUUGGCUACUUUGUGAUUUUAUGCUCAAGCACGAUCGUUAUCCGCCCGAAUCUUAUCUGACCAUGUUAACCGAAUACCGAAUGCAGUUGGAAGCUGUUAAGCCACGUUCCAAUAUGCCGCUGUGCCGUCAGCUUAUGUCCUAUGGCAACUGCAUACGACACACAUGCCAAUAUCGACACAUUCUGUGGGACUACGAAACGGAGCUGCCGGAGCACCAUCCUAGUAACGGGGAAAUCAAAUUUGAAGUGCUUUCAAACGUAACACCGGCUCAACUAGCUGUGAAGUUCUUAGAGAACAAAACCUGCAAAUACUUCUUGAACACUCCUGUGACAAAGCUUGGCGAAAGAAUUGAAUUGCACUACGAGAAUCAAUCAAACCAUCGAAAGCAUGUAAAUCCCGAGCUUGGCAAUGUGUGCGUAUUGAAGAUAAACAAGCUAUAUCAACGGGUGGGCGUCACUCGAUUGGAUGCUCACGAUCGCAUCGAAGUCAAGCAGCUGGAUGCUGGCGUCGAAUUUCACAUGGUAGAUAAAUCUGAGCUGCUUGUCUGCGAGAAAGAGUUUCGAGACGAACCUUUUGAAGCAUACAAUCUACUCAUCACUGGUCUGACGCCGUUUAAUAUGGAGCGUAUUUGGCCAGACGAUGCCAAGAAGCUGGUGCGAAACAAAUUCUUCAAUCGUCUUCAGGGCAAGCAGCAUCGCAGUUUCACAGCCGAAGUUGAUUUCGCCUUUCAUGAAAUAAUUUUCGUGAAAAAUGUCUACGAUGCUGACGGCAAUGAUCUAAGAAGUUUUGUACUCAAUAAUAUCCCAGUGCACAUGGAUGAGGACGUGAAGAUGCGCUUACAGAAAUGUAUUUCUCUAGCCAAACCAUUCAAAUACUAAAGAUCAUAUUUUUGUAUUUUUUUUUACAUUAGUUAUGUGUUUACUCCAUAUUUAUUUUAAGGUUUGUAAUUCAAGAAUUGUAUGCCAGUUUUACAGUUAUUCUCUUAUUCAACUGUGCAAAGCAAGCUUCCAAAACGUACCUUUAAACAAAGUGCCAUUUAACGUAAAUUUGUACUAUAUGUAACAGCCUUACUGGUAAAGCAGCAACCAAAGUUUUUUUACUACGUAUAUGUAACAGUCCCGUUUGCAGUGUAUUAAUUUUAAGAAAAGAUUGUUUAAUAUAUGUCAGUUGCAUUUUAAAAAA